CGCCAGGAGCGCUGGAGCCUCGCUGCAUCCUGCCCGCGCGCUGCGAUCGGGGCGGGGGGCGUCGGCCCCGUCACUGCCGUGAGGGGAAAAAACCUUUACUGGAGCCUCUUGAAGCAAGAAGGCUAAAGAGGUGUGGUGGUAAGUACCAGCAUCUUGGCUCAUUAAAAGCAGCGCACGUGUCUUACACCCAGUAAAAAGUUUGCCUGGCUCAACAUUUUAACCUUCAUACCCUGAAGCCUUGGAGAACUCAUUCUUCUUUGUGAACAGUAGCAAAAAGAGACUCUGGAGUGAAUUGAGUCUCUUGUGUAUUAAAUCCACGCUUAGGAACAUGUUGAAAUCAGCACUAAGGAGAUCUGGUGCCGUGCUUGAGGAUCCGAUGCCUUCUGUCCCUCCCAAACCUGAGAUGGACACACAUUCUUGCCCUCACUUGUCUGCCAGUUGUGUGCAGAAUGGAGGACUGGAGAAGGAGCCCUGUAACACUGGGGAGAAAGAAAGGAAAUGGAUCCGACCUGAUACACCUAGCAAGUGUACCUGGAAACUGGGGAAACCCCUUUCAGAAUCCCCUCAUUAUCAUUCAACUUUGUCAAAAACACCAAACAUCCUGCCAAGCAUCCUGGAGAAAAUUGGUGAUACGCCCAUGGUGCGGAUCAACAAGGUUGGAAAGCAGUUUGGACUAAAGUGUGAGCUCUUGGCAAAGUGUGAGUUCUUCAAUGCUGGAGGGAGUGUGAAGGACCGAAUCAGCCUGCGGAUGGUGGAAGAUGCAGAGAGAGCUGGGAUUUUGAAGCCUGGGGACACUAUCAUUGAGCCAACAUCAGGAAACACAGGUAUCGGGCUGGCUCUGGCUGCUGCCGUGAAAGGCUACCGCUGCAUCAUUGUGAUGCCAGAAAAAAUGAGCAUGGAGAAGGUGGAUGUUCUGAGAGCUCUUGGUGCUGAGAUUGUGAGGACUCCGACAACUGCCAGAUUUGACUCACCUGAAUCUCAUGUGGGAGUAGCAUGGAGACUGAAAAAUGAAAUUCCCAAUUCUCACAUACUAGACCAGUACCGCAAUGUCAGUAACCCAUUGGCCCACUAUGACACCACAGCUGAGGAGAUUCUGCAGCAGUGUGAUGGAAAAGUAGACAUGCUGGUGGCUGGAGCUGGAACAGGAGGAACCAUCACUGGCAUUGCCAGAAAGUUGAAGGAGAAAUGCCCAGAAUGCAAAAUCAUUGGCGUUGAUCCCGAAGGCUCCAUUCUUGCUGAGCCUGAAGUACUGAAUAAGACGGAUGUGACGACAUAUGAGGUGGAGGGAAUUGGAUAUGAUUUCAUCCCUACGGUGCUGGAUAGAUCAGUGGUGGACAAGUGGUACAAGAGCAAUGAUGAGGAGUCUUUUGUCUUGGCACGCAUGCUGAUCAGAGAGGAGGGAUUGCUGUGUGGUGGCAGCUCGGGUAGCGCAAUGUCCGUCGCUGUGAAGGCUGCCAAGGAUCUGAAGGAGGGUCAGCGCUGCGUUGUCAUCUUGCCUGACUCUGUCAGGAACUACAUGUCUAAGUUCCUGAGUGACAAAUGGAUGACACAGAAGGGGUUCAUGAAAGAAGAAGAUACCCGCAGUAACAAACCUUGGUGGUGGCACCUCAGUGUUCAGGAGUUAAGCCUCUCUGCUCCCCUGACAGUACUCCCUACUGUCACCUGUGAAAAGACUAUUGAAAUCCUCCGGGUGAAGGGAUUCGACCAGGCACCAGUUGUCGAUGAAUCUGGUGUGAUUUUGGGAAUGGUUACCCUUGGAAACAUGCUUUCUUCACUACUUGCGGGGAAAGUUAAGCCUUCAGACCAAGUCAGCAAAGUAAUUUAUAAGCAGUUCAGACAGAUUCAUCUGAAAGACAACUUGGGGAAACUCUCUCAUAUCCUGGAAAUAGACCACUUUGCUCUAGUAGUCCAUGAACAGAUUCAGUAUCACAGUGACGGCAUAUCUAGUAAGAGACAGAUGGUGUUUGGCAUUGUUACAGCCAUCGACCUGCUUAACUUUGUGACUGCACGGGAGCGGCAAAGAAAAAACACCUAAGCUAUGGGGUCAGCAUGUUUGCAGCUUCUGCAACAACAUUUUCCAGUCUCCAGAAAGAAUAUCAGGUCCCUUUCUUUUCUUAGAUAGAAAGUUCUGUCUCUUGGUUUUUGUUUUUUAACUUUCCAGAAAUAAACACAGCUGGCCAUCCUGACUUCCGUAAUGUAACUGCCACAUCUAAAUAUUUCAUGACUUCUUCAGUUUGGUUCUGAAUCAGAGAGCCAAUAUUCCCUGCCAAGAUAUAUGUUUCUAUUUUUCUAAAUGCUACCUAAAUUAACUAGUGUGAACCUAAUUGAUUGUGUCCUAAUGUUUAAUUGUUUGAAACAUUUCUGGAACCUAACUAAAGGGAAGACCAUCUGUGCGAUGGUAUUUGGUUUAUGGAUAUUGAGUAAGUCAAAGAUGGUGGGCAUAGUGCCAAUAGCAGUAUGACCCUUUGUAGUAAGAGAUAGUGUUGAGUGUGUUUGGGUGCAGGGGAGGGAUGAUGUUUUCAUUUACAGCAAGGUAGCCAUCAGGGAAAGGGUUAAAGUAAAAUUCAAUUGUGGAGACUGGCUUUAAGAUUUUCCUCAACCAGUUACCAUGAAGCAAACCUACUGCUUGCCUUGUCUUACCUAUGAUGUUACAGUGAGAUAGUAAACAAGUGUCCAUGCAAAAGAUGGACUUUUUAAUUUGUGAGGACAGAAACUCUUGCUUAUUUCCACCUUGGUAAACAAGCAUAGGUGCAAACACGAGAACAAAAUUGGAGCAAGCUGUUUACAGGUGUUUAAUUUACAGGUGGUCCUAUAACCUUACACUGGCCAGGUUAAGAACCUUUCUUAGCAACCCACCAGUUUUUCAAGUGCUUCUGACCUCUAGCGUCUACUGCAGGGGGAAAAAAAUGUUUUUUUGUAAAGUGAACGAAAACAUAACUGCAUCAAAGACAAAUCUUGCCUAGAUAACAAGCAUAUAAACGGUAUUGCAGCCAGCAGGACCACAAGUUUAUGACAAAAUUUGGCUAAUUCUAUGAGACACAUAUUCUGGAUUCUCUGUGCCUUACACUACCUGUGCUUGAUUGAAAUGGCAUUGUCUCAGCUGGUCAGGGAGUACAGGGAUGCUGAACAUUAGCUACAUGCAGCUGUACAGAUUUCUUCCACUUCCAAAAUUGUCUGGACUCUCAUGUGCCUCUGACUUUACAUAAUGGGAAUGCGGUUGUAUCUCAGUUAAUAGCAUAAUCCAUAUAUCCCCAUACUGUGGCUUAAAGGCAAGCAUCAGCCAAACAGUUGGGUGAUUUGCAUAAGCACUCUCUGGAUUUUGUUUAUGGAAAAAAAUCACCAUAUUUCAUCCUUAUUACGGGUGCUGUCAUCCUCCUUCUCUGAUUGGCUAUUUGUCAGGAGCAAAGCUUCCUUCAGCAGCGGUAAUUCUGUUUCAGUUUCUCACUUCCCUCUACUGAAGAAAAAUGUACAUGAAAAAAGAGAAGCCAAAUAACAACAUCCAGCGAAGUUCCAAUAGGCAGUUAGACAAGAGGAAAAUCAUUGGUUUUAAUGGUGAUUCCCACCAUGCACCACCACCGGCCUCAUUUCCUUCUGUCCGUCCAUUCCUAGAUAUCAGCAGCUCUUUUAGCUGCUAGCUUUCUCUUGCAAAAAUCCACAGGGCCUUUUCCUUCCAAUCCAGAAGGAAAUGAACAAAAAAAGGUUAACAAGAAUAUUUAUCAUUAUAGUGACCACAGCCUUGCUGGCCUGGAAGUAAAUGAAGAAAAAGAAAGGUUGAGGGAGUGAAAGAAAUAAAACAGUUGAUGGUUGAGAAGAUGAGACUGAAGAGAAGUACUGGUAGUACCACUUAUCUGUCAGUAAUUUCAAGAGUUCGCUUUGCAUCCUCUUCCCUUUUAACUUCCCCAUUUAAAAAUGUCAUCAUAGGAAUAAUAAUUUCAGGACACUUUGUGGUAAGCCUUUAACAUUGUGCCCAGAGUAGACCAAACUCUCCUGCCCUUUACCUCUGUGUGUUAUUACCUUAGAUCCUGGAAGUCACCCCAAGUUAUUACUAUAUUGACAUUUAUACAUUCAGGCAAAGUGUCUGAAAGACUUGGUCUUGAGGCAGAAGGUGAAGUCUGUAAGCCAUAGAUCUGAAUGCCUUAAAGAAAUGGUUUCCUUUCAUUUGGUCCUAGCUUGGCCUAAGUCAUUCUCCAAGUAUAUAAAUCCAGGGAGCCAUCACCACCAAGAAAACAAGAAU